UAGGUGACGGUGAAUACAACAUCAACGUGGAGGCCUUGAAUGCAGCAUUAAUAGCAUUGCACAGUUUAGGGACUAUUGCCUCCUUAGUGUUGAUCAUCAUAAACUUGUGCCAGUGCUUUCUCUGCUCAGAUGUCUGCAGCACUGAGUCUACGUCUUCUCCACUGCUACUCCAAACAAGGUACAUUUGGAUAUGGCUGCGGUGCAAUUCGCCCGCUGAGUCUCAGUGUGCAGAGAGACGGCUACAAGUAUGUAAAUGCUCAGGAGCUGCCAACAGACAUGAGAUCCAUCACUGACCGGGCUGCCACAACCCUGCUUUGGACCGAGCUCUUUAGAGGUUUGGCAAUGACCAUGAGUUAUCUGUUCCGUGAACCUGCCACCAUCAACUACCCGUUUGAGAAGGGUCCUCUGUCGCCCCGCUUUCGUGGGGAGCACGCCCUCCGCCGCUAUCCUAACGGAGAGGAGCGCUGCAUUGCCUGUAAGCUUUGUGAGGCUGUCUGCCCUGCUCAGGCUAUCACUAUUGAAGCUGAGACUCGAGCCGAUGGCAGCAGGCGGACCACACGCUAUGACAUCGACAUGACCAAGUGCAUCUACUGCGGCUUCUGCCAGGAAGCCUGUCCUGUUGAUGCCAUUGUUGAGGGUCCGAACUUCGAGUUCUCCACAGAGACCCACGAGGAGCUGCUAUACAACAAGGAGAAGCUACUCAACAACGGAGACCGAUGGGAGGCUGAGAUAGCAGCCAACAUACAAGCAGACUAUCUGUACAGAUAGACUCACUGUGGGAAGGUCCUGUAUGUCCUCCUGAUAUGCAUUUAAAGAGAUUACUGGCGGUUUUACAGUUAUGCCAGCGGGUUCCGAGUGGUAAAGCCUCAUACACUGAGGAAAUUCUAUAAAAAAGGCACAAAUUGUAUGCCUCUUGGGUGUAGUUGUACUUUUUUGAUGUUGAGCUGUAGCACGUCAAAGCUUGCAAUAUAAGAGUAUAUUAUUUGAAAUGUUUGUUUUAAAGAUAUUGACAGACCUGUUGCAAAUUUCACUAACCGAAUUGAAA